GUUCAGUGCGGCGUGGAUACCAGCCGCGUUAGGGCACUUACUUAGUACGGGAAAAUAUUAUAUAAAAUAUAAACAAUACGAUAGUUCUGUCGAUAUUUAAAAUCAUUUCUCUCCCGAAUUUACUGUUCAGAACAUUCGCAUUAAGCUAUUUUGUGUACAACAAAAUAUAUUUGGGACCGGCAUUUUAGUACGAUACGAUUUGAAUUGAAAAAGUGCACGAUAUUUUUUUUUAAUUUAAUAUCGUUUGAGCUAUUUACGUUAGUAAUGUUUUGUUUUGUGUAUUUCUAAGGUUUGUUUUUUUUAAUUUCCACCGGUUAAAUUUAAAGAUGUGGUCUCCACUCUUCAUCGUGGUAUCGUUGUUGGCGUCCAUCGAAGCCCACGGUCGUGUUGAAUCGCCUCCCUCGCGCGCAUCGGCCUGGCGUGCCGGUUUCCCCACAGAACCAGACUAUGACGACGACGGCGUCAACUGCGGCGGAAUGUGGCAUCAGUGGAGCUAUAAUCGCGGAAGAUGCGGAAUCUGCGGGGAUCGGUACGACGCGCCGACACCGCGACCCCACGAGCUCGGAGGAAGAUACGGAGACGGCAUCAUAGUGGCCCAUUACAAUCCCGGGGCGAUUUUCACAACGACCGUCCACCUGACCACUUCACAUUUGGGCUUCUGGGAGUUCAAACUAUGCCCUGACCCAAAGGACAACGCGCAAGAUUGCUUCGAUCAAUACCCCCUUGAGCUAGAAAAUGGGGGGACUAAAUACUACCCAAAGAAAGGUAGUGUGAGGUACAAUGUGAACUACAGACUACCCCCUGGCUUGGUGUGCGAACAUUGUGUCUUGCAGUGGAGGUAUACUGCUGGAAAUAACUGGGGAGUGUGCAGCAAUGGUACUCAAGGAUUGGGCUGCGGAAACCAGGAGCAGUUCGGGGCCUGUUCUGAUAUAUCUAUAGGGAAAUCGAGGAUCGGAAGUAGACCUGUUGAGGCCUCUCCGUUGCUCUACUAUUUGAGCAGGGGAUAUAUAGGUGUACAUCAAGAUCAAUUUCACUUGAAUAACGACUCGGGGUCAUCGAAAAUCAAUAAAAAUUUAAAUAAAAUAAAAGGGAAGAAACGAAAACAUAAGAACAAGAAGAAAUCCAAACCUCAUAAACAGAAGAAGAUGCUGAUUUGGCGCUCAAUUCGGACAUAAUUUUAUUUAUUAUAGCUGACCCGGCAGACUUCGUAGUGCCUCAACCGAUAAAUAAAAGACCUAAACUUUUGUAUAAAAUAAACUUAAAACAAACAAAAGGAAUCCGUCCGACGGGGGACACUACAAAGGAAAAACAAAAUUGUUUAGUUUUAUUUAUUUCCAAGCAUUUUCAUAUUUAUCUACCUUUUAAACCUUCUCUGGACUUCCACAAAUAAUUCAAGACCAAAAAAUUAGCCACUCAGUCCAGCCGUUCUCGAAUUUUAGCGAGACUAACGAACAGCAAUUCAUUUUUAUAUAUAUUAUGGAUUAUUUUUUACCAAAAUAUUUUGCUGAUUGACUUCAGUGAGAAAAUACAAAUCAUCAUCAACAAAAACAUCUUCAUUAAGAUCCUGCUGCAACAAAUCUUGAUGCGCUCACGAACAACUAGACUGAUGCGCGUUUGAUGCAUUUUCUAUUAAAUCCAAAAUCGAUACAAAACUUCUCGUUAUUGGCUCCGACACUGGGCAUAUCAACGAUAAAAGUAAUUGUGCAAGUACUGUCGAAUAUUUUGUUCAAUACGUCCUACAACACAGGCAGUUAGCUACUGGACAACGUUUGAAUUGAUUAAUUUUGCAACGACUCACUUUCGCGCUCUUACCAACGCAACUUAAAUCAUAGGUCGCGCGCGACAUGCUCUUGUGCCUAUCUAUAAUUUUAUGCAGGAAUUCCAAAAUGAAGUUUCCUUUUCAACCUUCAAUAACAUUGUCGUUUUUUUUUCUCCUACCUAAGCUUGAGAGCUCACGGGGCUCAAACCUGAUGUCGUUGCUAACACUAACCCUAGCAAGGGUAGUGCUUCACAGAAUCUACCACCGGAUCGGAAACGCGACCCACUGAGAAGAUCCGGCGAGAAACUCAGUGGGCUGUGUCUGUGGGUUAAUUUACUCGCCGAGCCCUUCGUCGCAAGCGACGGGUUCGGCGAGAAAUACAUAUAUUCGUGAGUAUACAACUGAGAUUAAACUGAGCCUCUUGGGAAGUAUGAAUGUCGUCGUGCUCCUGCUACUACUUCACCGGAAAAUCCGUGAACCGACCAACCAACCAAAAAUUAACAUUAAAAAUAUAACAACAAAGCUGAUAGAUAAGAUGAUAUUGAACGACUUGUGACGAUAAAUUUGCGUUAACAAUUUUUUUCUUCUGGUAAUUAUAAUUUAGUGGUGUGACACUGAUAUAGCUUUAAUCAACUGCAGUUUAACAAAUACCUUUUGGACACCAUUGAAAAACGGGUGAUUACUUGAAUUGAAAUGAUAAAAUUAAAUAUAGCAUCAAUUUUGAACAGGGAUUGAAUUGACCAUAAGUAUUAAUUUAGGAAUAAGUUCGAUUAUCAAAUAAGCGAUUUAAUUGUGUUAAUAAUAAGUAUGUUUUAUUAAAUUAAUUAGCCAUGAAAA